GUAUACGCUCCACUCCAACUCUGUAAUAGACUAAUAUAUACUGAAUCCACCCAUAGCAGCUUGGUGCUUCCUUGUUCUACACCGGAGGGGGAGGGAUUCGUGCUUGGAGCCCGCAAAUCCACCCGUGACAGGAGUUCUCCACAAACAACACCAUGGAAUUUAUCCAAGAAGGUGAUAGAUCUAAAUGGAUGGCGCAUAGUAAUCAUAGCAUAACAUGCUUCACUAGAGGGGACAUAGACAGAAUGACCAACAACUAUCGAACUUGUCUUGGAAGAGGGGCCUUUGGAGAAGUAUAGGAAGGGGUUCUUGAGGAUGGAAGCAUGGUUGCAGUGAAAAGGUUUAUCCACAAUGUGAAAGAAAACUUCGCUAAAGAGCUGAUCGUCCAUCGUGAAAUCAACCACAAGAACGUAGUGAGGCUCAUUGGUUGCUGUGAGGAGGAAAAUGCCCUUAUGCUGGUCACUGAGUAUGUCGCUAAUGGAAAUCUAAGUGAUAUUCUUCACGAUGACAACCUUCCCAUCCCUUUGGAUGUAAGACUUACGAUCGCCAUUGAGUGUGCUGAGGCGUUGGCGUACAUGCAUUCUCACAUGUACACUCAGGUUAUCCAUGGCGACGUCAAGCCUGGUAACAUACUCUUAGAUAGCAACUUCCAUGCAAAAUUGUCAGACUUUGGAAUAUCAAGACUAGCCAACACGGAUAAGACACUGCAUACCAAGAAUGUCAUAGGAAGCAUAGGUUACAUGGACCCUCUGUUUGCUUUGGAUGGGCGUCUCACUGUGAAGUAUGAUGUUUAUAGCUUUGGAGUUGUUCUCCUCGAGCUGAUGGCCAGGAAGAAGGCAACAACUGUGGUUGACAACGUCAGCAUUGUUUAUGCAUUUACUAGUGCUCUUGCAAGGGGGUCCGGAGGUGUGAGAUGGAUGUUUGAUGCUGAAAUUAUUGCAAGCAAAGAUAAUAUGAAGGUUGUUGAAGGGGUUGCAAAGAUAGCAGGUGAAUGCCUAACGAUUGAAAGGGAGAAACGUCCCGAGAUGAUUGAUGUGGUGGAACGUCUUCGGGUGCUACGGCAGAAGGCUUCACGUCAGGAUCAGGCAUCGCAACGCUCAGGUCUGUUCUCUUGGGCUAGGAAGAACAAGGCAGCACCUCCAGCUUCAGCAAACAUCCCAGCCAACAUUUUGCCGUCAGAUUUGCGCCUCCCUCAGUUCUCGUUUGCAGAUAUAAAGGCUGCGACAAACAAGUUUGAUGAGUCACUCCGCGUUGGUUGUCGUGGAUCUGUUAGCGUGUACCGUGGCAAGAUUGCAGGAACCAAGGUGGCUAUCAAGUGUUUGCAUCUGCGGUAUUCUUCGACUAUUAAUGAGUUUCACAAUGAGAUACAGAUGAUGUCAAAACACCGCCACUGUCCUCAUCUUGUGCCACUGCUCGGUUACUGUACUGAAAAUGAUAUGCUGAUACUGGUCUACGAGUACAUGGAUCGUGGAAGUUUGUUUGAGCACCUUGGGACCGAGAAGCCACCUUUUACCUGGAAGCAGUGUAUAGAGAUCUGCAUCGCUGCAGCUCGCGGCCUUUGCUACCUUCACGAACAACGGAUCAUCCAUGGUAACGUCAACACGAAAAAAAUCCUGCUAGAUGAGAAAUGGAUCGCCAAGAUUGCGGAUCUUUCUCAUUCGAGGUAUGGGCCAUCAAGAGAAGAUACAACACGGGUCCGCGGAACUGCAGGUUACCUCGAUCAUGAGUACAUGGUGACCGGUCAGAUGACUGAGAAAUCAGACGUCUGUUCUUUUGGGGCUGUGUUGUUCAAGGUCCUAAAUGCUUGGCGUGCUCACCAACAAACAGGGUUGUCACGUCGGGCACUGCGAUUCGAGGAGGAGGGCAAUCUUGAUCAGAUCAUUGAUCAGUGCAGUUUCGACAAGAUCGCCAAGACUGCUGAGAAGUGCGUUGUUCUUCGGGGCAUUGACUGUCCGUCCAUGGCGAAUGUGGUUUCGGACCUAGAGGGUGCUCUUCCAUCAAAUUCUUUUCCAACUAGCGAGUACCCCCCGCGUUACCGCGGCAUCUAUUUCACCCAUAAUUAAGGAAAAAUGUAAUGUAAAUAUAGAAUUACGAAACCUAGUGGAUAUUAUUAGUGGAUGUUAUGGUUGAUGUACUAAAUUUUAUAUGGUCAUCAGAAGUUUAAUAUUUAGUAAUAUGAAAGCAGAAGAUACAUACUUCCAUUGUUGCUGCAUUGAUUGACAAAAACAUACGCGGCUAAUGUCAUAUGGUGAACUAAAAGCACUUGUGACCUGACUGGAUAUACCUGUUAGAUUGCCUAUAAGCAUAUUGGUAGAAUAUGUUCGAUCAACGGAGGAAUAGAUGAUCAAGUGGCUUGGAAUGGAAACAGCCAAAAGUAGGAGACCUGUACAACAUAGGGAAAUUAUUGCAAGCAUCUGCAUUGGUAAAGAAAACUAAGCCGGUAUGAUUAUCAAAUAUAUCAAAACAAACAUUCUGAGUAUGAAGUGUAUAUAAGAAGCAUGGGCAAGUAAAGAAAGUAACUGUGUAACAGUGGUACCUGGAACUAAUAAUUACUCUAGCUUAUGUCAUUGAAAAUCUCUGUACACCACAUUAUGCGUCUGGUUUUCGUACCCCUCAGAGCUGUUCUCAAUGAGCACACGUAAGCCCGUAGGCGAUGUAACACGUGAGAAAGCAACAUAAAGUUGGCCAUGAGAGAAUACGGGGCUUGGUAAAUAGACGCCAACUUUGCUAAGUGUUUGUCCUUGGCUUUUGUUUAUUGCCAUGGCAUAGGAUACACGGACUGGGAAUUGACGAUGCUUUAUCUAUUGGAAACAAAAAAUGUAAAUUGGUGUUUGUAACUCUGAAAAUAGGCACAGUUUGGUUGAGCAUGAAGCUAUUCAGGUGGCUUUAGACAUGACAAAUCUAUUGCAAGGAAAGAUUAAUGAAUCAUUGGUGGAAUAAAAAUUACAUUGUAGCAAUU